AUGGAAAAACAAUUUAUAGGACUCAAAAUUGAAGUUAUAUUAAAUGAUAAUACAGUUGUCCAAGGACAAAUGACAGGCGUUGACUCUGUUAAUCGUUGUCUCUUUCUUAAAAAUAUUUUCUUUAAGUCAACUGGGAAAUAUAUGCAUGAAAUGCGUAUAGAUGGCUCCAAUAUUAAAGAUUUGAAUUUUAUAUCAUCUUUUAAUACAAAAAAAAAGAAAAAAAAAACUUCUACUCCUCUUAUAGAUCCUGCAAUUAUUUCUACGUCUAAUCAUAUGCAAAAUUUAUCCUUUCAGGAAUCGUCAUUUUCUUCAAAAAAAUCGAAAAAAGAUCCAACAUUGCUUUCUUUAUCACCUCAUUUGCAUGAAAAGUCUGGUAAUUUUGAGUUAAAUUAUUCUAAGUCAAAAAAUACUUCAAAUAAGUAUGUUUAUAAAACAUAUAAUCACAAAAAAAAAAAAUUCACCAAUGCUAUGCAAAAGGAUUGUUGUCAAUUCAAGCAUGUAGAUCAUGAUGAUUGGAUUAAUGAAGAUGUUAAUAAGUAUCGUGAUGAGGAAUUUGAUUUCCAAGGGAAUCUUGGAAGAUUUGAUAAACAUAAAGUAUUUUCAGAAAUUCGGAAAUCAAAUAUAAUGGCAUCAGCUCUAGGGCCUACAUCUAACAAAUGUUCAUCUAAAACUGAGCUACUUAAUGAUAUAGCUGUAUCUACUAUGCCUACAAAAAAAAAAAAAUCAUUAAUUGAAAAUAAUCAUUCCAUAUUUAAGACAAAUGGAGAUGAAAAUAAACUUAAUAGUGAAUUUUUUCAUUCGAAUCGCAUACUAUCUAGUGGAUAUGAUAAAAGUUCUGCUCAACAAAAAAUAUAUAAUCAUAACUUCAAUAGUCAGCAAUCCUUAUCUGGUUUUGAUAAAGUUAGUAGGAAGAUUAAGAAAUUACGAAAUAUAAAAAAUAAUCUAGAGUGUCCUUGUAUAAAACCAUCUAAGAUGAUUGAAGCUGAAUAUAUUUCAACUCUUAAUACUGGUAUUUCAAAUGAAAUGGUAAUAGAAAAUGCCGCGAGAGGAAUAUCAUUUCUAGUUGCUCGACUUUUAAAUGAUUUUUCUAAAUCCAAUCAAAAGAGAAAUAACUCUUUUACUGUGAUAAUUUUAGCAGGUAAUAAUCAAACAGGAACAUAUGCUACUGCUGCUGGAAGACAACUAUGCAACCAUGGAAUAAAAGUUAUAACUGUUAUUGUUAAUGAAAAUAUGGAAAAACAAAUGCUAACUAGUUUGCAAAAUUUUUCAGAUGCAGGAGGGAAGAUUGUUUCAACAGAUGAAUUAUUUAGGAUUUCUAAAUCAUUUCAAACUCCUGAAUUAAUUAUUGACGCCAUUUUUGGUUGUCAUUGUUCUUUGGCAGAUAUAGUCGAUGAUAAUGUUCGAAAUAAAAUUCACUGUCUUAUUGAGUGGGCUAAUCAAUCUGAAUCAAAUGUUAUAUCAUUGGAUCUACCGAGCGGUUUAGAUAUCGUUACAGGCAUUCCUGUUUCUCCGCCUUAUUUUCUAAAGUCUAAAUGGGUUUUAUCUCUUGGUCUUCCCAAAACAGGACUUCUUUUUGCUCUUAGAUCAAAAUACGUAACAAAAGACUUAUUUUUAGCUGAUAUAGGAAUUUCUCGGAAAGUUUGGAAAAAACUAGGUAUUGGGAAACGAGUUAAAACGUUGUGGAUAGGUCAAGAUUGGAUAAUAAAAAUGAGCUUUUCAUAG